AUGGCCCAGCAAACCCCUGCCGCUAGCAAGGCCACAGGGCCUGUCGUCGCCCCUGUCCCCGUUGUGGACGGCCCGGCUCCGCCGUCUCCCGAGUUCAACAUGCCACGAUCGAAGCCCGUCCUCAUCGUGUUCCUUCGCCAGUGCGGCGAUCCCUUCGCCGAGAAGACGUUCCGCUCGCUGGCCGCGCUCUCCGAGGACCGCCCGGAACUGACGUGCAUAGCCGUCUCUCAGGCGUCCCGCGAGGUCACGGACCUCUGGGUGGCCGACAUUGGCGGUGCCUGGGAGGUCGAAGUCGUUGCUGAUCCGGAGCGCAGCCUGUACGCCCGCUGGGGCCUGGGCCUCAACACGUCGUGGCAAAUGUUCAACCCGCGCGCGCUGUAUGCCACGUACGCUCUGGGCCGCGACGAGGGCAUUUGGAGCAGAGCCUGGGGCGGUCAUAAGAAGGUGCCUGUCCCGUCGGGGUCAACGACAGAGUCCGGCUCCGGCUCGUCCCCCAACGGCAACAAGUGGCAGAUGGGCGGCGCGUUUGCUGUCGACGUCGCCGGCGGCAUCCGCUGGGUGCACGUGCCGGUCGCGUCCGAGGACAUUAUCGACUUCAACCCCGUGCUCGAGCUGUUUGGCAUGCCGCCGCUGCCUUCCAAGACGGCCAAGAAGCGGCCGUCGCCGUCACCGUCGCCGAUCCCUGACGGCCAGCGCGCAUUGUACCAGACGCCAACCCCCCGCGACCCUCCCCCGAAGCGUUAG